AUGAAUAACGCAUCAAUUGAAUCAUUCACAUUUCAUCUUACAGCUUAUACUUCAUAUAUAACGCUUAUUUUUGGUAAUAUCGGAUGUAUAUGUAAUUCUAUAGCAUUUAUAGCAUUUACAGCUAAACAGUUCCGUCAAAAUUCUUGUGCAGCUGAACACUAUGGAAGUACAUUACGACAUAGAAUUCUUAUAUGGUGUCAGCUAGGUAUAUUUCUUGCAUGGGUAUUACCAUGUUUUUCAACAGGUUAUCCAGUUUUGGCAUCAAUCGAUCGAUAUUUAUCAAUAUCAAAAAGUGCACGAAUUCGUUCAUUUAGUCGAAUUAAAGUAGCCCAUCAAAUGACACGUGUUCCGCUUAUUUUAUAUAGUCUUACUGGUUCUCAUCAAUUCUUCUAG